AUGGCAAAUUGUGCUGCCCCUGCCAAGGCGCUGCAGGCCACUGUAAAUUCCUCGGAGUCCCCGCAGACCGUUGCUGCACUCCAGCUCCUGCCACCAAAGGUGCAGCGCUGUGGCUUGGUGGAUGUGGCUGUUGAUGCAGCUCUUUCCAGCGGUGGAGCUGGGCGCUUGCUCCAGGCCGCGUGGAGAGUGGGCCCAGACAGCCAGCCUGAGGCUGGUCAGGUGAUCCAGGAUUUCCUUGCAUCUCAAAAUGGGUCAUUAACUUUCACAUUGCCAUCUGCUACCAUCUCAAGAAGUGCUGAUGCUGCUCUAGCAGCCAACGCUUCAUUGAGUCUGGUACGCAUUCAAUUGGUCUUGACAGCCACGAAUUGGCUGGGUCAUUCCGAUGCAGCUUCAGCUUUUCUUGAGGUUGACUUGUCUGAUGCGCAGCAGCCUGCUCUGGAGCCCCCGCCGAGAAAGUUAAUCCGCACCAACGAGUCCGUGAGUGUGGCGGUUGCGGCGAGGUUUGCCACAGCUUCGACCUGUGGAAACGCCACAGCAGACUCCGGCAAUGUUAGUGUUCACUGGCAGUACCGUUCUGGCACAGCAGGAUCCUGGCUCUCCCUGGAGGAUGCGGCGCUCUCGAGGGCUCGUGUCACUCCCUGGAAGCUUCAUUUUGGCGCCUUCAGCUUUGCGCCUGGCUCAUCUCAUCAGCUGCGGGCCACUGCAGAGUUUGGGGCCCAAUCGAACACAACACAGGCGCAGCAGCAUGUGAUUCAGAUUGACGUGUCGGCAGCUGCGCCGGUGGUGCCAGUAGUUGCGGGACCUGCAGUUCUACCGGAGACCUGUGAGCUCGUUCUGGACGCAUCGCAGUCUUUCGACCCAGAAGGUACAACGGAGCCGCACUAUUUCUGGUCAUGUGCUGCAAACAAUGCCAGCUUCAACUGCCAAUCGUUGUCGAACUUCCAGACCGUGACCUGGGCAAGGACUGAUGGAUCUGGUGCAUCUGGUGCAGACAUACGGGUCGCACCUGGACAGCUGGCUCAAGACACGUACACUUUUAACGUGACCGUCGUUCGCCCAACUGACAGCCUGUCUUUCCGGAUUGCCACUUGGGUGGUCCAGGUUAGACAAACACCUGCAGUGCCAAUCACCUUGUCUGUGCCUUGGUACGCGAAUCAGCCUGUGCCAGUCCAGACGAUCAGCCAACUUGCGCAGAGCAGUGCAAGACUUAUGGUGGGUGAUGCCUGCGGCAUGGCCCCUGAUGUGGAAUGGAUCUGGGCCCUGGUGGCUGAUGCAAGCCCAUCAACUAUCUUGCUGUACCUUGACACUAUCGUGACGAACCUGACCCUUCCAGGGGAGAUUGCUGUCAGUGCCGGUGCGCUCCCUGAUGAGUACCUGGUGCCAGGAGAUUCGUACGCGCUUGCCCUGCUGGAAACUGGCUCCAGCCCGAGAGAUCUGGCCCAGGCAGAAUUAUUGGGCCUACGAUUUGCGCGUUCUGUACCAUUUGUUGCCGACGGUGCCCCCUCAGGCGGCUAUCUCGCAUGUGUGCCAGAUCUAGGAACCGCACUUGAAACGGAGUUUUGGCUUGCGACAUCUGGGUGGUAUGAUGAGGAUUUGGUUCGCCUAAAGUACUCCUUCUAUCGUUUUCCCAUCCCGACGGGUGUGAGCUUGGCUGCAGCUGCCGGAAGUUUCUCCAUGAGCGGUACCUUCCAGCGCCCGCUCGUCGAGUGGCGCGACAAGAGCAGCCCCAACUACUGGAGCAAGCUGGGAGGCAUUUUCCUGGGGCAGUCAUCCAGCAUUUCCUCGAUCCGGGUCUUGCUCCCUCCAGGGGAGUACAUGCAUGCUGUUGUUGCAGAGGAUGAGCUUGGAGCUGUCUCCAGCACCUGGAUGGUGGGGCCACUGGUACAGAUGCCCAGCAGUCCUGCCUCUUCGGCGGCCACGGCCCUUGAUACAGCACUGCGGCUCGGCGAUGCCCAGAUCAUUCUGAACACCUUGGCCGCAUUGGCAACUUCGACGCCCACAUUGUCUGAUGAUCGCAAGCGGGAGGCCGGAGUGUGA